GUGGGUUGCUGCCUGUCUGCUUGCGCCGAGUACCCCGACUCCUUCGAAGGAAUGUGAACAGGCUCAGCUAAAUGAAGUGUUGCUUAGCUUUAGCUUGAUUUUAGCAGCCCUUUAGCAUACGAUGGAGGUCCUGCUAUAUAGCAUUGCAGCCGUGCUAUUGGCCGCCGUGAGUUCAGCUAAAUCGGACGAUGUGAUGGGCUGCGGUGGUUUCAUUCGUUCCAACGUAACCAUUAACUACUCACGGGUCGAAGUAAAAUUACUAACGAGACAGGGUAGCCAGAAGUACCAGACAGAAGGGGCACCCAACAAUGGGUACUAUUUGAUCCCGCUGUACGACCGUGGGGACUACACGCUGCGGGUGGACCCGCCUCCCGGUUGGCUCUUUGAGCCUUCUUCCGUGGACUUGCACAUCGACGGCACCACGGACCCCUGCAGCACAGCACAAGACAUCAACUUUGUCUUCAGAGGAUUCUCCAUUGUGGACAAAGUCCUCAGUGAUGGCCAGCAAGAGGGACCCCCCGGGGUGACGGUGGAGUUGCGUGACAAACAGGGCAAGAUGCUGCAGAAGACUCUGAGCACCAAAGGAGGUGGCUAUGUUUUCACACGCAUCCUGCCUGGAGAAUACACGCUGGUGGCCUCUCAUCCCCUCUGGACUUUGGGUCGCUCCAGCACCACCGUCAAGGUAAUUGACGACAAUGGUACCCCCACCGAGAGCCUCGUGGUCGCUGGCUACGAUGUUCGUGGGGAGGUCUUUGGAGAGGGUGACCCUAUCCGAGGCGUGCACUUUGUGCUCGCAUCUGGCAAGUCCAAGACAGCCACCAAGAUGGUACUGCGAGGCUGCGAGGGCAGCCCGCCCCGUGGUUUUAGUCUGCCGACUGACCUGCACUUCCUGUGCUCUGUGACAUCUGGCGAGGAUGGACAGUUCAUGUUCCCCGCUGUGCCUCCAGGCUCGUACAAGUUGCUGCCCUUCUACAAGGCGGAACGUAUUGAGUUUGACAUUGCGCCACGGCAGGCUGUCUUUUCUGUCAAGCACGGUGGCCACCGCUUCCCCAGCAAGUUCCAGAUCCAAGGCUUCAGUGUGAGUGGCAAGGUGCAUGUCUCCGAAGAGGGACCCGGCGUGCCUCAGGCCGAAGUCUUCCUGGGUGGCAGCAGAGUGGCGAGUACCGAUGCCUCCGGCACAUUUCACCUCGAGAACAUGAAGGCUGGCCAGUACGUCAUCCACGUCAAGGCCCCCGGCAUCACGUUUGAACCGUUCCACGUGCGAGUGUCGCCCAACACGCCCGAGCUUCCAGCCGUGGUGGCUUCCCAGUUUGAAGUGUGUGGCACCAUUGAAGGUGCUAGCCGAAGGAUCAUCGUGGAAGGAGGCAAGGAGCCAUCAACGGUGAUUGCUGACUCCUCUGGGAAAUUCUGCACUGCCCUGAAAGCCGGCAAGUACGUUCUGCGACCUUUUGUCGGGAAGGAGGAGGAGGCAUUGGGCCUUCGCUUCAUCCCUGCUGACAUGUCGCUGGAAGUUCCCAUUGCAAAGGCAAGCGAAGUGGCUUUCAAGAGAUUCAGGGCUGAAAUUAGAGGCAAAGUGGCCUGCAUCAAGGAGUGCGGCCAGGGUCUCAAAGUGUUUCUGCGUGCUGCCAACUUGCCAGAGGACGCCGAAACGGCCACAGCUGAGGUUCAGCCAGAUGGGAGCUUCCACUUCGCCGGUUUGUCCGUGGGGAAAUACAGGCUCUGGGUGGACCGCCCGGAUUGGUGCUGGGAACACGACCGAGCUGGCGGCAAGCUUCAUGUCGUCGACGAGGCCGUCUCACGUUUGACGCUGCAGCAGUCGGGUUUCCGGGCCACCGUGGUGUCGAGUCAUGCCACUCGCGUCGAAGUGGUUCACACAGACGACAGCGCCGCCGCCCUGAACCUGGAAGUCCCUGCGGGCUCGUCUCGGCACUGCUUGCCCAAGCAAGGAACGUAUGCCGUGCGACCAGUCGGGUGCCACGAGUUUAGAGAGAAGGACAUCCGCUUCGACACAUCUCAGCCUGCUGCCAUCACUCUGACUGUGGCCAGACACACUGUGGGUGGCAUUGUGAUUACUGAGGAGAAUGUCACUGACCUGGUUGUGAUGGCCACAUUGGGAACCUCUGCACCUGUGCGAGUGGUGCCUUCUGCUCCGGUCAAGCACGCUGGGGACAAAUACUUCUUUCGGUUCAGCUUGAUGCUUGCUCCGUUGGUCUCGGUGGAGCUUGUACCUCAGUCGGGACGUCUGCUGUUCAGUCCGCCUGCUCUGCGCAUUUCCGUAGGCAACGACUGUGCAGAUGAAGCGGCCCGUUUUGAGGGGCGCAUUGGCCUGUUUGUGGACGGUCGCGUGAAACCACCCCUGGGCGGCGUUCAUGUUGUCGUUCGGGACAUGGCAGGCAACAGGCCCGAUGUGGAGACUGAAUCAGAUGCAGACGGUCGAUUCCUAGUUGGGCCGCUUGACUCAGAGUCCAAGUAUGAUGUUCAGGCAAGCAAGGACGGCUACGUGUUGCGGCCACUGGACAAGCUCGGCCAUUUCGAGGCCUUCAAGUAUGCUGAGGUGAAGGUGACGGUGUCAGAAUCCAGUGGGCAGCCCCUGUCGGGUGUCUUGGUAUCCCUGAGUGGAGCUGCCGACUAUCGCAACCACAGCCGGACGCGCGAGGACGGCCGGCUCCGCUUCCCGAACCUCAGCCCUGGCAAUUACUUCCUUCGACCCAUGAUGAAGGAGUACCGCUUUUCACCUGCCUCUAAGAUGCUCACUGUUGGGGAAGGUGCCACUGUCGAGUUGGACAUCACGGGCGACCGCGUGGCAUUUAGCUGCCUGGGAGUGGUGAGUUCAGUGACGGGCGAAGCCGAGCCAGGUGUCUCCCUCGAAGCGCUUGGCACCGGCACCUGCCAGGGACAUCAGGAGGAAGCCCUGAGUGACAACGAAGGCGCCUUCCGGCUGCGCGGACUCCUGCCCGGCUGUGCCUACCAGCUGCAGCUCAAGCCAGGCGUCAGCCCGCACAUCGAGAGGGCAGAGCCCCCCAAGCGCGAACUCGUGGUAACCAACGCCGACCUGACAAAUGUGCGGGUCAUAGUGUUCCGCUUCUUCAACCAAAUGGACAUCACAGGCCAGAUUGUCACAGACCCCAAACACCUGCCCAACCUUAAGAUACGUGUGGUGGUGGAUGAUGCACCCGACCAGACACUGCACACGGUCACACCGGGUCCCGGGGGCUUCUUCCUUCUUCCACCGCUGACCCGGGACGGCCGCACCUACUGCCUUCAGCUCGAAGGGAGCAGUAAUAAUGGUGGAACCUGCUUCCACGGCAACACGUCACACCGUCAUGUGACCCUGCGUCAUGCGCCCGAGCUGCCGCUACACCUUGAGCACGAGAUCGUGGCUCGUUCUUCGCUGCUCGCCCUGCCUGUGACGGUGGUAGCACUGCUCGCCUGCUACUACUCUUCACGCCUGCUCACCAUGGGUGCAGACAUUGCACAGACUCUGCGGACCCUAGUGAGGCAGAUUAGUGGCACAGCCAAGAACACCGAGGGGACCACAGGUUCACCUGCUGACACGAGGCGAAAGGCCAAAGCGCGGCGAACCUGAGAUCGCUGUUGAAUGCCCCAAUACCAGAUUUGUAAGAUGUCACGAUCCUGUAUGCUUGUAUUAGUUUCCUGUACUGAAUGGACCAGAGAUGCUGUCGAUUGUGUGAAGGUACGAGGACUUCAAAUGUUGUGCUUCACUUACAGACACCCUUGAAGACCCUGUGUGAUAUGUUCAUCUAGAAUUGAACUUCCAUUCAAAAAGGGUCAUUCCACACCAAAAGGCACUGUUUUUGACAGCAUUUGAUUAUGUUACAAAAUAUUGCGGUUAAAACACGUUGUUUCACAAUUCACUUCUGUAAGUUAUUUGGGGGGGGUGUAGGAAGCUUUUCUGCGGGAAUUUAAAUAUUUCAGUGCUCAUAAAAGGUGUUAAAAUAUAGUAGUAAUAAGUAGCAGUGCUUCCCAAUUGUAGAAAAUUUGCAGCAAUACUAAGUAAUUUUUGAAAUUUUUUUAGUUUUACAAAGACGAGAUUUGAUGAACCUCAUAAACCACAAAGACAAUGCAGGCAACCAUAUAAACUAAAAUGCAAGUGAAUUUUCGGUUUAUAAGGCUGCAAUAAGUGCAAAAAAAAGUAUUAAGGUUGAGAAGUGAAUAGUGUAUAAAACUUUACAGGCAUUAGCAUUAAAAAAUAUGCAAAUUUCUCACUUAUAGUUUAGUGUUACGGUACAAGCAACAAUGCAUACUUGGUGUACUAGCUUGAAAAAGUUCACAUAAAGCAUUUUUUUUUCUGGAAAUUUGAUCAAAGCAGCGUUCUCUAAGCAAAAAAGUAUUGGCUGUAUUUAGCCAGCUACAGACUCAAAUGCUGAGUCAGAAGUGAACUGCACUCUAUCACACACCUCCCUGUAAGGAGCAAAUGCAGUGGCUAUGCAUUUGGCAUACAUUCUGAGGUUUCUCAUGGUGCUGAAGAUGAAGUUCAUACGUACAAGUAAAAAUGGAUAAGGAUCUCAAAGAAUGACGACACUACAGCAUCUGUGCCUAUAGCAUCUGUGCAUCGUGGAUGGGCAGGAAGCACAAUUUGGUCAUUGGAUGUGUGUGUUUAGAAAGUCUCUAGCUUGAAAGGGGAUGAGAUGUUAGCACAGAUUUUCGGAUGCGUAGAAACCAAAACACUUUAUCAUUUAGAUAUUUGUCAUCACAUUACACAGCAGCACUCUGUUGUUGCAUAUAAUUAGGCAAGCUUUUCUGUGAACUGAGGGCUAUCCCCGAAUUUUGGGACAGUCCGUGUAAGGUCAGUGUGCUGGAUAUUGUAAAUGAGAGCACUUACAGAACACAGUGUUUCAUUACGCUAGAUCAGUAACAUAGCCAGAAUUUUCUUUUUUCUGGGGGGAGGGGGGGAGAGGGAAUUGAGCCAUACUUUGUAUAUGUUUGUGUGUGCAUGUGAAUUAGUGCAUAUAAGAUAGAAAAACAGCUCAAAUUGUGCUCUUAAGUGCAUCCAUGCACAAUUAGAAAUUUAGGAGGGGAACAAGCCUUAAACUGAACAACACCCCCCCCCCCCCCCCCUCGGUCUUAGCCGCUGCAACACAGCACUCAAAAUAUCGACACUCUAUCAGUGCGCUAUGUAUGCUCUGGCCCAUUCAAAAAAUGCUUUGUCACCAGACUAUCAUGAACCACCUUUUAACUGCAGGGCAUAUAUGAUGAAAAUGUUGUUGUAAACAAAAGUUUAGGUACCUCAACAGUGAAUAUAAUGAAUGACUUGUUUUUGGAGCAGGAUUACUGUUUGCAGCGAAUAGCGUUCGAUGUCAUGACCCAGUUCACCUGUAGUUCACAUUGUUUCUCAUUUUUGAAUUGUGUAUAGUAAACAUGUCUCUCUACAAA